AUGUCGAGAUCCCGCUCCACAUAUUUGUCGGAAGCUUUAACCGCCGAAGAAGCGAUAGCAGCAGCAACCUCCCAGAAAGCGGCAUUGAAUGCGGCUAUCAAUGCCGCGGAACAUUAUAUGAAAGCGCUGCGUCUAGCACCAGCGGAUGAUAAGAAGCAUCUCGAUUCAAAAUGCAAGGAACUGAUCAUCAAAGCUGAAAAGAUCAAGGGCGCCACAGACUGGAAGGCUGCUGCUCGUGCGGGGCCUCAGAAUGCCUUUGCCUUGCGGCCGCCUGCAUCCACGCGGAAGCUCACCACCCGUGAAGAAAUCAUUAUACUUGAAGGCGCUAAGCUGAAUGGUUAUAUCUUUCCGCCGUGGAUUCGGGAUCCACACCAGGAUGAAUUUGUUUAUGAAGGGCCGCCUUUUACAGAUGCGCCUGAUCUGCAUCUCUCUGAUUGCCAGAGAGAUAUUUUUGCAGGAUGGAAACGGCCACGAGAUUUGUUGCAGGCGAAGGCUGGUUCGACUAAUAAUGCAAUCGUUCCGUCUAUGUCGGCUUCGGGUCAGACGGAUCUUGUGCAGGAUGUCUUGACUGAUUGUUCGGUUGUUGCGAGUCUUUGUGCUACAACAUCUCGAUCGGAACGAGGUCUUGGAAAGCAUGCGUCGCCGACGAUGUACCCGUGCAAUGAGGAGAAAACCCCAAUAUUAUCACGUUGCGGGAAGUAUAUUUUCCGCUUCUACUUUAAUGGGUCUUUCCGAAAGGUUAUUAUCGAUGAUCGAUUGCCAUCGUCGAAGACUUCGCGGUCACUUUAUGUGAUCGACCGCAACGACUCCAACUUUCUGUGGCCUGCUCUCGUGGAAAAAGCUUACUUGAAGGUUCGCGGAGGCUAUGAUUUUCCAGGCAGUAACUCGGGUACUGACUUGUGGGUGCUGACUGGUUGGAUUCCCGAGCAAGUGUUUUUACACCAUGACGAUUCUACAUCGGAUGAGAUUUGGGGGCGGUUAUACAACGCCUUCUAUCACGGCGACGUGGUGCUAACUAUUGGCACUGGAAAAUUGACCGAACGAGAAGAACAAGGCCUGGCCUUGGUGGGCGAGCAUGAUUAUGCUAUUCUGGACAUGAAAGAGAUCCAGGGUCGCCGCCAGUUUCUUCUGAAGAAUCCUUGGGCCGGCGCAGAACCCAAUAUUCAAAGCACUUCUACGGCUGAUCUCGACCAAACCAAUGGCAAAUCGCCCCUCUCACCAGGCACAUUCUGGAUGGAGUGUGAACAAGUUCUCCUAAAUUUUGAGCAUCUUUACCUCAACUGGAAUCCCGGAUUAUUCAAAUAUCGCGAGGAUAUUCAUUUCACGUGGGAUUUAUCACACGGUCGACUCAUCGCUGGAUGUUUUGUUAAGAAUCCCCAGUUUUCUAUCUCCAGCAAGACAGGAGGAACGGUCUGGCUGCUACUUGGAAAACAUUUCAAGACAGACGACCAAGAGCUCAAGACUGGUCAGCCAGAAAGUGAAAUUGGGUUCAUUAGCAUCUACAUCUUUCAAGCGGAUGGUCGAAGGGUAUCACUCAGCGACGGUGCACUUCAUCGUGGACCAUACGUCGACUCACCUAAUACCCUCAUGAGGCUGGAAAUGCCUCCCAACUCGAUAUAUACUGCAGUUGUCUCGGAGCAAUCGCUCCCAUCGUCUAGCCAGAACUUCACGCUGUCAGCGUUCUCAACAGCCCCUGUCACCGUGGCACCUUCGCUAGAUAAGUAUCUCUGCUUGACCAAAGCAGCUGGUUCUUGGACAGGAAUGACAGCCGGUGGCAAUGCCGAGUCACCUCGAUACCACUCCAAUCCACAAUUCAGUCUACAAAUUUCGGAAAAGACAGACGUCUCCAUCUUGCUCGAGACCAAAGAAGCAGAAUUAGCAACCCACGUGAAAUUAUUCUGGUCCAACGGCCAGCGCAUUUCGCGCGUGCGAAGCCGAGACAUCAUCGCAGACAGUGGUGACUACCGCCGCGGCUGUGCCCUGGCCGAGACCAAGUCUUUGGACAAAGGCACAUACACAAUCGUUUGUUCCACCUUUGCGCCUGACCAACUCGGUCAAUUCACUUUGUGGAUUUCAUCCACCAUUCCAUGCGUGGUCCAGAAAUUAGCCUCCGAGUCUGCCGGGCGACGUGCUGUCCUAUCUGACAUCGGUAUUCUCCCACCGGGAAAAGACAGGAUGUUGACAUCUCUGCGCAUAUCUCGUUUGACGCGGAUCCGACUCAUUGCGCGAAACAAGCGGUCUACCAUCGGCACUCGAGCUGUUGCUCCGUCUCCCGUGUUGAUGACUGUGGAAUUGGGCCAGGGGCCUUACAAGGAAACCCUGGCUACCUCUGAGGAUGGAACUCACAGUGAUACUGCAUCAGGGGUGCGAAUCGAGGAUUUCGAUUUGUACCCCAAUGUGGAACGAAAUGUUUGGAUUGUUAUUGAGCGCAUUGGGGGUCCGGGAGGGCAAAUAGAGGACCAUUUUGAAGUUGAGGCGCUGGCAGAAGAGAAAGUGGAGAUUGGAAAAUGGGCGAUUGAAGAUGAAUGA